AUGCAUGAGAUGCAAGAAAGAGGAGACAGUGAAUCUCCUCAGGUGUCAACUGCAGCUUCCCUUUCUCGAAACAUGGCAUCUCAGUUGGAAAAUGCAAUGGAGACCCUUAUCAAAGUGUUCCACACAUAUUCUUCCAAGGAGGGGGACAAAUACAAACUAAGUAAAGCUGAGCUGAAGAGUCUUCUACAAGGAGAACUAAGCGUUUUCUUAGCUGCAAGCAAAGAUCCACUGGUUGUGGAGAAGAUAAUAAAUGAUCUUGAUCAGAACAGAGAUGGGGAGGUGGACUUCCACGAAUUUGUAAUUCUGGUAGCAGCACUCACUGUGGCAUGUAAUGAUUUCUUUGUUGAGUGUAUGAAAAACUGA